CAGAAUUUAAAUUGAAUAAAAAAAUAAAAGAAAUAUAAUUGGAGGGAGAAAAUAGCAAAAAAAUUAGUAUAUUCAGCUGCUCAACCAACGCAUUUAACACCAGCUUCUCAACUUUCUGUUUUUAAUUGUUUCUCAUAUAUUCAAUAAUCAGAAUAUUAGUUCCCUCACUUCCACCACCAUUGCAUGACAACAAUCCCUAUUUCUGCUCUCAGGUUUCCCAACAAUAGAAAAUGAAGAUUUUUGCAGCUCAGGUCGAGGAUGGAAAGGAAGGAAAAGAUGGGAAUCCUUCCGUUGGUCCUGUUUAUCGCAGUUUAAUAUCCAGAAAUGAUUUUCCUCAACCAGAUCCUGAUAUGAAUACAGCGUGGGAUCUUUUCAGCACGUCUGUCAAAAAGUAUCCUGGAAAUAAAAUGCUUGGUUGGCGUAAAUUUGUAGAUGGGAAGGUGGGGCCUUAUGUGUGGAAAACUUACAAGGAAGUGUAUGAAGAAGUUUUGCAAGUUGGUUCAGCGUUGCGAGCAUCUGGUGCUAAACCUGGCUGCCGAGUUGGAAUUUAUGGAUCAAACUGUCCUCAAUGGCUUGUAGCCAUGGAGGCUUGCGGCUCCCAAAGCUUGGUUUGCGUGCCUCUCUAUGAUACACUUGGUCCUGGUGCAGUUAAUUUUAUUAUAGAACAUGCAGAGGUUGAUUUCGUUUUUAUCCAAGAUAAAAAAGUGAAAGAAUUGUUGAAUCCAGAUUGCCCAUGUGCUUCACAGCUUAAAGCCAUUGUUUGCUUCACUUCAUUUACAGAGGAAGAAAAGGACAAGGCACUCCAAAUACAGAUAAAACCAUACUCUUGGGAAGAGUUUCAACACUUGGGCAAAGAGAAUCCGUCAGAAAUAGUGCCGCCUCAGCCUUUUAACAUUUGUACAAUAAUGUAUACAAGUGGCACCAGUGGAGAUCCCAAAGGUGUUGUGUUAACACAUGAAACAAUAGCCCUUUUUGUAAGAGGCAUGGAUCUAUUUAUGGAUCAAUUUGAAGACAAGAUGACACCUGAUGAUGUGUAUCUAUCUUUCCUGCCCCUUGCUCAUAUACUUGACCGCAUGAUUGAGGAAUACUUCUUGUCGAAAGGUGCUUCUGUUGGCUACUAUCAUGGGGAUUUGAAUGCAUUGAGAGAUGACCUGACGGAGUUGAAGCCAACAUUUUUAGCUGGUGUACCUCGGGUCUUCGAAAAAAUACAUGAAGGUAUAAAGAAGGCAUUAGAUGAACUGAAUCCUGUUAGGCGGAAAAUUUUUGAUGUUCUAUAUAAAUACAAACUUUCUUGGAUGAAUAAAGGUUAUAAACAGAAGUACGCUUCACUGUUGGCAGAUUUGUUAGCCUUCAGGAAGGUCAAAGCUAAGUUGGGUGGUCGUCUUCGAUUAAUUGUAUCUGGAGGUGCACCCUUAAGUGUUGAAGUGGAAGAAUUCUUGCGGGUUACUGCUUGUGCUUUCGUGCUCCAAGGCUAUGGGUUGACGGAGACCUGUGGACCAGUCACCAUUAGCUUUCCAGACGAAAUGUGUAUGUUGGGUGCUGUUGGGUCACCAAACACGUACAUGGAGUUGCGCCUGGAGGAGGUUCCAGAGAUGGGCUACAAUCCACUUGAUAAUCCUUCUCGUGGUGAGAUAUGUGUAAGAGGGAAGACUUUGUUUGCUGAGUACUACAAGAAUCCUGAAUUGACAAGAGAAUCCAUGAAAGACGGGUGGUUUCACACGGGGGACAUCGGGGAGAUUCUUCCAAAUGGUGUUUUGAAGAUUAUUGAUAGGAGGAAAAAUCUUAUAAAGCUUUCCCAAGGAGAAUAUGUAGCAAUUGAGUACUUGGAAAAUGUUUACGGGAUCACUCCAAUUGUUGAAGAUAUAUGGGUGUAUGGAAACAGCUUCAAGUCGAUGCUAAUUGCAGUAGUUGUAAUCCAUGAAGAAAACGCUAAACAGUGGGCAUACGUAAAUGGUCACACGGGUUCAUUUCCUGAACUUUGUUCACUUGACCAGUUGAAGGAGUAUGUCCUUGCAGAACUAAAAUCUACCGCUGAGAGAAACAAGCUGAGAGGUUUUGAGUACGUUAAAGGAGUGAUUUUGGAUUCUCGCCCCUUUGACAUGGAGAGAGAUUUAGUGACUGCAACACUGAAGAAGAAAAGAAACAAAUUGCUCAACUAUUAUCAGGUGGAAAUUGAUGAACUUUACAAAAAAUUGGCUGUAAGAAGAGCAUAAUCAUUACUCAGUCAUCUUCAGUCUUCAUUGUUCAUUUCUGUUGCUAUACCUGUUUGAUUUGCGAGCAGAAGUUUUUCUUUGGUUAAAAAAAUGAAUAAAUAAACAACUAUAGCUGUUAGCAGUAGAAGAGAGCAAUGCAGCAAGCCAAUAAGCCUUCCAACUAUGAGCACAAAAGCUUCAAUUUCCAAAUGGUAAUAUUUAAGAAUAAACAGCAAGAUCCUUGUAGCUCUCUUAUUGCUGCAAGCUCUACAUAAUGUUGUGCUCAUAUUCAUGCUUAAUCUUUGUAAAGUCUUGUCCUCUUAUAUCUGAUUAUGAAGAAGGGAAAGGACAAAGUUGGUCAA